AUGCUCCUCGUGUAUGGCAGGCCUCUUCUAGAUGACUCCAUAAAUGAAUCAGCCAAGCCAUUUAUCACACCAGAUUUCUUCCUGCCUCAUGUCAACUCCAGAUGGUGGGGGUGGACUCACUAUGCAGUGGCCAUUCCUGGCCUCCCGGAGCCAUACCGCUACUUGAAUAUCAUGACGUUUAUUGGGCAUGCAGGAAUUCUAUUCAUGGAUAACGACCAUCUUUGCGCCCCCGACGCACGUAAUACGGCGACCGUGCUGGCCACGACAGCUUAUGGGGAAGCUCAUCACUAUGAAGCGUAUGACACGUCAACUUCCUGCUCAUUUGAGGAAGACGGAUCGCGUUUGGCUUGGGGCGAUGACUUGGCCAUUACCAACAAUUUUCCUAUUAUUACAAUCACUGGUAGAUUCUCUCACAUGGAAAUUGACCUCCAGAUAGUAGUCUCGGAGCAAGCAUCAUGGUUUUCACGAGUACCAAUAUACGAUCAUGUGUGCGUGCUUUCCAGCUACCGGGGUACCAUCAGAGACAGGAGGGGCACUACGCAAAUCUCAGGAAUCGGUAGCUUUGAAUACGCACGUGCUAUAUCGCCACAAGUACUGCAGAGCACGCCGAUACCUCCUCAUCUCAAGAUCCCCGCAGACUUCUUCACUUAUCAAAUUGUUCAUCUUGACGAAGACACCCAGCUAUCCCUCGAUUGUGUCACUGCAAGAGGCACAAUUGCAAGCAAGUCAGCCCAUCUCGCCGGCCGCCAAGGUCAUGUCCGGGUGUAUACAGAUGUGGAUUUUGAAGUUUUUGAGUACAAAAAGAGCAGGGUCACUGACCCACGGGGCCGAACGAUGCGAGUACCGGAGCGUCUGCGCUGGAAGGUGCGUGAUGCGGGCGUAGAGAUCAUUAGUAUCAUUGCCUGCGUUGAUACGCCAUUGCGCUUCGGGCUUUGUCGUGGGUAUGUUGGGGGCUAUUCAUUCACUGGCGAGUGGCUUGGCGAGGCUGUCAAAGGAAGUGGCUAUCUGGAAUGGGUAGAUGUAUCCGACUCAGAUUGA